AUGGCUCGUCCGCUGACAUUGUCUGACAAGGAAAGGAAGAGUUUUGAUAUCGGCUUUGAUUACAUUCCUGCUGAAAUCCAGUUUGAAGAAUGUGCUAAAAUUCGAAGAAUGUUUGUAGGCAUGCAAUCAUAUUUCGAUGUGGUACUUUAUCCCAUUCUGGUGUUUACUGCACUCACAAACGCCUCAGAAGAAGAAAAUGGAAUAAAGGAAUUUCUCGUAGUCAUGGGACUUAGAAGGGAAACACUUGCUUUGUCAAGUGUUAUCUUUGCAUCUUUCAAAGCAGUAUUUGCUGUAGCUGUUGCUGGAGGCCCGAUCUGGAAUUUGCAUCAAAGUGUCACGCUUGAUGUGAUAUUCCCAACGCUAUUGCUUUGCAUCGGUGCGGCUGCGAUGGGAUUGCUAUGCUCAAGAAUGGUGAAAUCGACAACUGCUGCCCUGAUAGUGUCUUGCUUUGUUGUCGUGGUGUCAAAUGCAGUUGACCGUUUCUUAAAGAACUAUAGAAAAGACAUUUUUCAUCAUAUAUGCCUGCUUAGUAUUUUUUCAGCAUAUCAGAAAUGCAUAUUCGCCAUUCGGCUCUCUUAUUUCCGAGGAGUUGAAAAUAUUUUUGCCAAUUUAUUUGCUUACGAAGAUGUUAUUAAUGUGGGAACAUCCCUGAUAAUCAUGGUUUUCGAUAUAGCUAUAUUUAUCUCAUUGGCAGUGCUUCUGGAUUAUAUGUCGCAUGCACCUACUGCCCUCUGUUAUCGCAAAUUUCUUGCAGAUGUGAAAACAGCUCCCGAUAUUAUCGAAUCCUACCACGAUUCAUGGCACGAAAAGUCUACAGAAGCAGUUGAACCAGCUCUACUGGUAGAUUCUGUAAGUAAAGUAUGGGAAAACACCGGAGAGGUUGCUUUGAAGAAAGUUAACAUGAAGGCUUACAGUGGACAGGUAUUAACAUAUUAA